UGAUCUCAAUGGGCGGCUUAGCUUAUGGUGUUAUAUAAGCAAAGAACUUGGCAUCAAGCGAAACCAAAAGCGACAGAAAAAAACAAAUAUUUAGAAACAAAAAAUGCUAUAAUUCUUCCUUUUUCUUGUUCUUUCAGAGAUUUUGAUUUCUAUUCAAUCGACUAAGAGGGUGUGUUUUUAAUCCCUCUCUGUUUUAAUUUUGUUUCCUAGUCUUUAAAGAUCCAUGGCAGCCAUAGAUAUGUUCAAUAGCAACACAGAUCCUUUUCAAGAAGAGCUCAUGAAAGCACUUCAACCUUAUACCACCAACACUGAUUCUUCUUCUCCUACGUAUUCAAACACAGUCUUCGGUUUCAAUCAAACCACAUCUCUCGGUCUAAACCAGCUCACACCUUACCAAAUCCACCAAAUCCAAAACCAGCUUAACCAGAGACGUAACAUAAUCUCUCCAAAUCUAGCCCCAAAGCCUGUCCCAAUGAAGAACAUGACCGCUCAGAAACUCUAUAGAGGAGUUAGACAAAGGCACUGGGGAAAAUGGGUAGCUGAGAUCCGUUUACCCAAGAACCGGACCCGACUCUGGCUUGGAACUUUCGACACAGCUGAAGAAGCAGCCAUGGCUUAUGACCUAGCUGCUUACAAGCUAAGAGGCGAGUUCGCGAGACUUAAUUUCCCACAGUUCAGACACGAGGAUGGAUACUACGGAGGAGGUAGCUGUUUCAAUCCUCUUCAUUCCUCUGUCGACGCAAAGCUCCAAGAGAUUUGUCAGAGCUUGAGAAAAACAGAGGAUAUUGACCUCCCCUGUUCUGAAACAGAGCUUUUCCCGCCAAAAACAGAGUAUCAAGAAAGUGAAUAUGGGUUCUUGAGAUCUGAUGAGAAUUCGUUUUCAGAUGAGUCUCAUGUGGAAUCUUCUUCGCCGGAAUCUGGUAUUACUACGUUCUUGGACUUUUCGGAUUCUGGAUUUGAUGAGAUUGGGAGUUUCGGGCUGGAGAAGUUUCCUUCUGUGGAGAUUGAUUGGGAUGCGAUUAGCAAAUUGUCCGAAUCUUAAACAAAGCAAAGAGAAGACUUUUUCUUUUAGGAGUUUGUCUUUCAAUUUCAGUGUCUUAUAUUAAUCUCUCUGCAACUGAAAUUUUUAACAGUUGCGGAGAGAAUCGUCUCUAGGGUUUGUUUCUCUUCCUCCAUGUUUUGGUCUGACUGGUUUAUGUCUUUUUUUUUUUUUUGAACUUUCAAAAACCUUUGUCAUUGACCAAUCGGAGAAGUUUCCAUGUAUUCUCUCAUCUUUAAAUUUCUAAUGAAGAAUGUAAAUUAUUAGUCUUUUGCUGAUAGUGUUUUUGGUCAUUAUAAAAAUAAGGUUUGCA